AUGCCGUCUUCAAGCGUUUUGUCGCUUGCAUGUCUGUCCCUGGCGACGCUCGCCAGGGCAGGGAGAGUUGUCUACGAUUGGGAUGUAACUUGGGUUUGGGCCGCGCCAGACGGCGUGGGAAGGCCCGUUAUCGGGAUAAACGGAGCAUGGCCAUGCCCGACGAUUGAGGCUUCGGUGGGCGACACCGUCGUAGUCAACCUCCACAACAAGCUCGGGAACCAGACGACCGGGUUGCACUUUCACGGCAUCAACCAGAUCCAGACCGAGGAGAUGGACGGGCCGAGUGGUGUCACUCAGUGCCCGCUCCCUCCGGACUCGUCCCUUACUUACGAGUUCUUGGUCGACGCGCCUGGGACCUAUUGGUACCACUCCCAUAACAUGGGGCAGUACCCUGACGGUCUGCGCGGUCCCUUGAUUGUUCACGAUCCCAACGACCCCUAUAAGGGCAAGUAUGACGAGGAGGUUAUCCUUACCGUAUCUGAUUGGUACCACAACGAAAGCAUUGGCCUGGUCCGCAGCAUGUUGGUCCCGUCCAAUACUCGAUUUGCGCCUCCGUUACCGAACAACAUCCUUGUCAAUGAAGGUGCCGGCUCGCGGAUCAACUUUGUCAAGGGCAAGAAGUAUCGCGUACGCAUGAUUAACUUCUCCGCUUUUGCUUCCGCCAUGGUCCACUACGACUCGCACACCAUGAAAGUCAUCAUGAACGAUGCUGCGUACCUGAAGCAGGAAGACGCAUAUCAGCUGCGCAUUACGGCUGCCCAGCGGUACGACUACAUCAUCGAGGCGAUUGAUAGAGACAACGGCAACUUCCCUUUCCUUAUCUCUCUGGACAUCAAUCGCGACUGGACCAACAAGACGCAGCCUCUACGGUGGCCGCACAACUACACUGGCUAUCUCGUAAUGGAUGAAUCGCAACCCCUUACCAAACUUGACGUUGUCGACGAAUGGCGGCCUGCCGAUGAUUCUCAUUUUAAGCCCCUCGACGAUGCGCCCAUGUAUCCCUCGUAUGACAAGCUGAUCGAGCUUGACUUCAAGUUCUGUCUUGAUCAGAACGGAUACCCACGCUCCUGCUUCAACAACCUCACCUACAUUCCCCAGCCCGUGCCCACGCUUUACACCGCCGCGACAACAGGCGACUCCAACACGAAUCCGGAAAUCUACGGCCAGGUCAUUCCUUUCGUCGUAAACUAUGGAGACGUUGUUCAGAUCGUCGUGAACAACAUUGACGGCGCCACGCACCCGUUCCACCUGCACGGCCACCAUUUCCAGGUGCUGGACCGCCCGCACAGCGGGACCGGCAAAUGGCCCCGCCGUGAUGUCAACUACAGGAGUACACCGCCGAUGCGCGAUACGGUUGCCAUCAUGGCCGACUCGUUUGCCGUGUUGCGCUUUAAGGCCACCAACCCGGGCGUGUGGCUCUUCCAUUGCCACAUUGAGUGGCAUGUCGAGAUGGGCCUGACGGCUACCAUCAUUGAGGCGCCCGACCGCCUGCGCGGCAAGACAUUCCCCGACGACCACAUGGCUGCGUGCCAGAAGAUGGGCAUCCCAACCGCAGGCAAUGCCGCUGGUAACACGCAGAAUUACACCGACACCACGGGCUUCAUUACUGUGCCGCCUACUGAGUACAACGGGUGA